AGUCAUUCUUUCUAUCAUUAACCAAAAACAAGCAAUUCAAUAACUUUAAUCCUUUCAUACAUCUUCAAAAGAUUCAAAAGAACUCAAACGUUCAGCAACAAAAGUAAAACGAAAUGGCUUUGGUGAGGAGUCUAUUGGGUGCAAAGAAGAUGCUUGGAGCUGCAACAAGCAAAAGAGCAACCUCAGCUGCACCAAAAGGGUUUCUUGCAGUGUACGUAGGAGAAAGCCAGAAGAAGAGAUAUGUGGUGCCAAUCUCAUACUUAAGCCAGCCUUCGUUUCAAGCUCUUCUCAGUAAAUCAGAAGAAGAGUUUGGGUUUGAUCAUCCAAUGGGUGGCUUAACCAUCCCUUGUCCUGAAGAUACUUUCAUCAAUGUUACUUCUAGGCUUCAGUGAUAAUUGUCCAACAUAUUGUUCGUCUAGUUAGAAAUAGAUUUGUUCCUUGUAGAUAGAGGAUUUUUUUCUCUUCUUCUUGAAAGAGUUGUUCUAUAACUUUUUGAAGAGAAUGCCACAGAUACGAAGGAUCUAUGUGAAUGCCA